ACGCACCUGUAUUAUGAGAAUAUGGUAAUAUUAUGUGUUAUUUAUAUGAUUUUUAGAGGAAAUACAUAAAAAUAUUAAAGCAUGACAUAGUCAAAUGCAGUCAAAUCCCCCUACGAGCCGAGUGGAGUGGUUUCACCUGAAGUUCCCACGUGUGGACUCGGAGCAAGUUUGCGUCGCAUGUGGCUGAAGACGAGUGACAUGGAUUUACAGCAAUAAACACAAGGAGAGUGGAUAUAUAUUUUUUCCAAGAUGUUAUUUGGAAAAGAAGUGCCAUGGCGGCGCCUGGAGAGCAUGUCGUUCAGCAUGUACUCCGCCGAGGAGAUACGGAGGCUGAGUGUGAAGGCAAUCACCAACUUCAGGUUCCUCGACAGUGUUGGGAAUGUCGCUCCCAACAGCCUGUAUGACCUGGCUCUGGGGCCAGCAGACAACAAAGAGGUGUGUUCGACCUGCUGUCAGGACUUUAACAACUGUCCUGGACAUCUGGGACAUGUGGAGUUACCACUGCCUGUCUACAACCCACUGUUUUUUGAUAAACUCUAUCUGUUGAUUCGUGGCUCGUGUCUGGUGUGUCACAUGUUGACGUGUCCCAGAGCCGCCGUCCACCUGCUGCUCAACCAGCUGAAGCUACUGGAUCACGGAGCGCUGCAGGAGGUCUACGAAAUCGAGCAUGUUCUCAACCAGUACUUGGAGGGAAAUCCAAAGGCCAGCGGAGAUGAGAUCCAGGAGACACUCAUGGAAUUCACAGAUAAAAUCAUCAAAAUGAAAGCUGGUGGUUCCGAGACCAGCAAACCGAUUAAACACCUGGUUGAGAAGAAGAGCAGCUUGAUCAGUAACUUCUGGAGAAUCCACAUGAAAUCCAGGAAGUGCCCACACUGCAGCGGUGGGCGGUGUGUAGUGCGUCGGGAACACAACAGUAAGCUGAUUAUCACCAUGCCAGCAGGAGCACAGCCUAAAGGCAAUACUGAUGAAAACCUGAUGGCUGGAAAAAGGGGCUUCCUGACCCCAAGUACUGCGCAGGACCACGUCAACAAACUGUGGAGCAAAGAAGGUUUCUUCCUGAGGUGCCUAUUCUCCGGGCUGGAGGAGGGCUCAGGGUUACAGGGCUCCAAGGCAGGGUUCUGUCCUGACCUCUUCUUCUUGGAGCUGCUGGUGGUCCCACCCUGCAGAUAUCGUCCAAUCAAUCGGCUUGGUGACCAAAUGUUUACCAAUGGUCAGACAGUCAACAUGCAGGCCGUCAUGAAGGACAACGGGAUCAUCCGGAAACUACUGGCACUCAUAGCUGGAGAGAAAAAAACUCAGGAGGAGGAGGAGUCAGAACAGAUAGACCAGUCUUUUCUGUCUACCAUCCCAGGCCUGACAUUAACAGAUAAACUCUACAACAUCUGGAUCCGUCUUCAGAGCCACGUCAACAUCGUCUUUGACAGUGAUAUGGACAAACUGAUGACAGAGAAAUACCCUGGAAUCAGACAGAUCCUGGAGAAGAAGGAUGGAUUGUUCCGGAAACACAUGAUGGGCAAACGAGUGGACUACGCUGCACGAUCCGUCAUCUGUCCCGACAUGUACAUCGGGACCAACGAGAUAGGAAUACCUAUGGUGUUUGCCACCAAGCUGACGUACCCCCAGCCCGUUACUCCGUGGAAUGUGAAGGAACUCCGUCAGGCGGUUCUUAACGGGCCUAACGUCCACCCCGGGGCCUCCAUGGUGAUAAACGAAGAUGGCAAGAGAACCAUCCUAUCAGCCACGAGCUUCUCGCAGAGAGAGGCUGUUGCCAAGCAACUGCUGACACCGUGUCCUGGUCCACACAGGAUGCCCAUGAAGAUUGUGAAUCGUCACAUAAAGAAUGGAGAUGUGUUGUUAUUGAACAGACAGCCAACACUCCACAGGCCCUCCAUACAAGCCCACUGUGCCCGCAUACUGCCAGGAGAGAAGGUCCUUAGACUCCACUAUGCUAACUGCAAGGCGUACAAUGCUGACUUUGACGGAGACGAGAUGAACGCUCACUUCCCUCAGAGUGAGCUGGGCAGAGCAGAGGCGUACACAUUAGUCAGCACUGACCAGCAGUACCUGGUGCCCAAGGAUGGUAAGCCUUUAGCGGGUUUGAUCCAGGACCACAUGGUGUCGGGUACACGGAUGACAAUCCGCGGCUGUUUCUUCACCAGAGACCAGUACACUGAGUUGGUGUACAGAGGACUGACUGACAGACCAGGCAGAGUUAAGCUGCUGCCACCAGCCAUACUCAAACCACAGCAGCUCUGGACAGGAAAACAGGUGGUGUCCACCCUCUUGCUGAACGUAAUCCCUCAGAAAGCCUUGCCGCUCAACCUGAUUGGCAGGUCCAAAAUCCCCAGCAAGGCAUGGAUUCAGCUCCCUCCGAGAGCCGCACCAGGGUACCACCCUGACAGCAUGUGUGACUCUCAGGUGGUGAUUCGUCAGGGCGAGUUGUUAAUGGGUGUGCUGGACAAAGCGCACUACGGCUCCUCGGCCUAUGGCCUGGUCCACUGCUGUUAUGAGCUGUACGGAGGAGAAACCAGCGGCAAACUGCUGAGCUGCCUGGCCCGGCUCUUCACUGCCUACCUGCAGUUAUACAGAGGCUUUACUCUGGGUGUGGAGGACAUCCUGGUGAGACCGGGAGCUAACAAACAAAGGAAAAAGAUCAUAAAAGAGUCACUAAAAUGUGGCACCAAAGCACUCCAGGCUGCGUUCAACCUGCCGUCCAACGUGAGUCAAGCCGAGGCUCAGGACCGCUGGCAGGACGCUCACCUCAACGCAGACCAGAGAGACUUCAACUUGGCUGACCUCAAGUUCAAAGAGGUGGCCAACCAAGUCAACAACGAUAUCAACAAGGUGUGUAUGCCACUCGGCCUCCACACUGCAUUCCCUGACAACAACCUGCAGCUGAUGGUCCAGUCAGGAGCCAAGGGAUCCACUGUAAACACCAUGCAGAUCUCGUGUCUGCUAGGUCAGAUUGAGCUGGAGGGCCGUCGCCCACCGCUGAUGCCUUCUGGGAAAUCAUUGCCGUGCUACCAGCCCUAUGACCCAUUGCCUGGAGCAGGGGGCUUUGUUUCUGGAAGGUUCCUCACAGGCAUCAGACCACAGGAGUUUUUCUUCCACUGUAUGGCUGGCCGAGAGGGACUGGUGGACACUGCGGUCAAAACAUCCAGAUCAGGAUACCUGCAGAGAUGUGUCAUAAAGCAUCUGGAGGGGUUGGUGGUCCAGUACGAUCUGACCGUGAGAGACAGCGAUGGGUCUGUGGUCCAGUUCCUGUAUGGUGAAGACGGGCUGGACAUCCCAAAGACUCAGUUCCUCCAGUCAAGACAGUUCCCCUUCAUAGAGAACAACUACGAGGUGAUCAAAAAGUCCCAGGCCCUGGAUGACGUUUUGUCCCGGUUGGAUCCUCAGGCUGCAUAUCAACACUUUGCAAGCAUCCAGCGCUGGAAAGCAAAGAGAGAGCGGCCGUGUCCACGACAAGGGGCGUUCCUGCUGUUCUCCCAGAAGAAGCUGGCCAAGCUAAAACAGGCUGAAGGAGGGGGAGCAGAGCUGACUGACGGCAGAGACGCUGCAACACUGCAGCUGAUAGAGCGCUGGCGCUCCCUGGAUGAAGCUAACAAAUCAAAAUACAGCAGGAAGUCGUCUUGCUGCCCUGACCCCAGUUUGGGUCUGUUUAGGCCUGACAUCUGCUUCGGAUCUGUGUCGGAAAACUUCCACAGUAUCACAGAGAAAUACCUGCAGAACACAGCCAGGAGGAGCCAGGACGGCCUGGACGCUGACAGCCUUCGUCAGCUGUUGCAUUAUAAGUGGCAGCGUUCGCUGUGUGACCCGGGCGAGGCAGUGGGCUUGUUAGCAGCCCAGUCAAUAGGUGAACCCUCCACCCAGAUGACCCUCAACACCUUCCACUUUGCUGGCAGAGGAGAGAUGAACGUCACCCUGGGAAUCCCCAGACUUCGGGAGAUCCUGAUGACGGCCAGCCCCAGUAUUAAAACCCCCAUGAUGAGUGUCCCAGUGCUGAACACCAGUAAGGCCUUGAAGAAAGUCAAGACUCUUCGCAAGAAACUCACCAGAGUCUGUCUGGCUGAGGUCCUACAGAAGGUAGAUGUGGUUGAGUCCUUGCGGAUCACGGACAGAACUCAGCAGAAGAUGCGGACAUUCAAAGUCACCUUCCACUUCCUGCCUUGCGAACGUUACCGUGACGAUAAGCUGCUGACACCACAGCAGAUCCUCCGCUACAUGGAAACAAGGUUUUUCCGUUUCCUCCUAGAGGGCAUCAAGAAGCGCAGUGCCAAACUGGCCUCCAUCGCUGUGGAUACAAGGAAGGCCACACUGAGAGAAAAGGACCAGGAUGGAGAGGGAAUUGCUGGGACGUUAGAUGACGGUGCAGGAGAGGAGGAGAGAGAGAUCGUCGACGAUGAGGGGAACGAAGGAGACGCCGAUGCUUCUGAUGCCAAACGAAGAGAGAAACAGGAAGAGGAGGUGGACUAUGAGAGCGAGGAGGAGGGAGACGAGGCGGAGGAGAGGGAAGAGGAGCAGGAAGAGGAGGAGGGUGAGGGGCAGGAGAGGGGCGAGCAGAGCAGCUUGGAGGCGAGCCAGUCUGCAGGAAGCACAGAGGAGGGGAGAAAGAGACGAGGAAAACGAGCAGAGGCAAGAGGAGAAGAACAUCAGGAUCCAAUGAGAGUGAACGCUGUUCUGGACUCCAACUCAGCCAUAGAGAGCUACUCCUACGACAGCCAGCACGGACUCUGGUGUCAGGUGGACCUGGUCCUGCCGGUGAGCAAGGUGCACUUUGACCUGACCUCCAUUUUGUCAUCGCUUGCCCAGAACGCUGUCAUUAUGGAAACUAGGGGCCUGACCCGCUGCCUGCUGAGCGAGACGACCACCAAGACGGGGGGGAAAGAGAUGGUUCUCAACACGGAGGGAAUCAACAUGCAUGAAAUGUUUAAGCACAGUGAUAUCCUGGACAUCAACAGGCUGUACUCCAAUGAGGUCCACGCCAUGGCUAACACCUACGGGAUUGAAGUGGCCCUGAAGGUUAUAGAGAAGGAGAUCAAAGAUGUGUUCGCCGUCUACGGUAUUGAGGUGGACCCGCGGCAUCUGUCCCUGGUGGCAGACUACAUGUGUUUUGAAGGUGUUUAUAAACCCCUCAACCGUCACGCCAUCCAGUCGAACUCGUCGCCCCUGCAGCAGAUGACCUUUGAGACCAGCUACAAAUUCCUCAAACAAGCCACCAUGAUGGGAUCCCAUGACCACCUGGUGUCUCCCUCAGCCUGCCUGGUGGUGGGGAAGGUGGUCAAAGGAGGCACUGGACUAUUUGAACUCAAACAACCACUGCAGUAGAACAGAUACUGCACUGACCCAUCAGUUUGAAUGGGAAACAAUGUUUAAGGCAACUUCACAUGAUGGACUGAUUCAAUGAUACUCCAGAGACCUAUAGUAGGAGUUCACAGCAACAUACACAAUGCCAUAACCAGAAACUUUGAUUUGGAUGGACGAAUAACCAAUGGUAUCAUUUUUCUAUUUGUAUUUAAUAAAAUGGAAAGUUGAAAUGUGAGCAGGGAGUGGUGUUAUUUUACUGUUUGUGUUUCACAGGGUAUGAUUUACCCAAUUAAACCCCUGUCAAAAUGUC